AUGACCACCCGCGGCGUUGAAUGGGUUGAAACCCAAUUUGGACCAAGGCCAGAAUGGACGAAUAGUCCUGACCAAGACGCUAUAUUGCAGGCGGCUCGACAAGCCUUAAACUCGAACGAGCUAUGCUCUGUUAGAUUUCUUUCUCAAGGAGUCUUUAGUAGGGUUUAUAUGAUAAGUUCAUUCAGAGAAGAGUACAUCUUCAGACUAAGCCUACCGCUAUAUCGACGUUGGAAGACUGAAAGUGAGAUUGCCACCAUGGAAUGGUCCAGAAUAAACACAUCUCUCCCCGUCCCUCGAAUCUUGGCACACAUGAAUGACCCCCCACAAGCGGCGGGCUACGAGUGGAUAAUCAUGGAGAAAGGUUCAGGAAAGCCCCUCGAGGAUGCUUGGGCAGAUAUGGACUACUCUUGUAAGAGUAGGUUCAUCAGGCAACUGGCCGCAUUCUCAGCAGGUACAUUCGAAAACAAGCUAAGAGGAAUGGGAAGUCUGUACUACUGCAACAGCUCCCUGUUUCCGGCACUCCCUCCUGGCAAUUUAGAGGAAAGGACAUAUCCAACUUUAUUCGAUCCAUAUGGCGAGGGCAGCCCGGGAUUCCCCUUUAGACUAGGACCGGGAGUCUGUUCACUGUAUCUCUGUCCCUACCUCGAACGCGAUCCCCAGGGACCCUUCUGGACCUCUCGAGAAUGGGUAAUCUCGCUAUUAAAAUUUGCCGAUGAGGACCUCCAAACACGUUUUAAAGAAGGAACUGGAAGCUUUGUCCAGGGGCCCGGAGGGAUUGAAGUAGUCUCCAUUCUUCAAAGGUUAGGAGCACUAUUGGAUGCUUUCUUUCCACCAUAUUCCACAUCGGAGCCUGAGCCCACCAUGCUCUACCAUCACGGUCUCAACGAAAAGAGUAUUCUAGUUGAUGAUGACGGCUCAAUUACUUCAGUCAUCGACUGGGAAUGCAUGUCCACCAUGCCGCUGUUUCUGGCAUGUGACUUCCCUGAAUUUCUUAUCGAUGACCCGUGUUAUAUUGAGCCAAAUAUCGACGACUAUUAUGAGGGGUUGAAUGACCCCCGUUAUCGGACUCACUAUGGACAAUACGAGUUAACUCGGCUGAGAGAGAUCUUUUUUGAUGAGAUGAAGAAAUUGUGUCCGAAAUGGGUGGAGAUAUUCGAGUCUUCUCAGCAUCAGAGAGAUUUUUUCGAAGCCAUUACCACCUGUCGGGAACAUCAUGGGGAUCCGAUGAUGUGCGAGAUACUUGGAAAUUGGCUAACUGAUAUGGAAACGGGCGCGACAGACGUCAUGGGUUUGACUGAGAGGCUCUUUGAGGCGCUUAAUUUGGCGGAUACAUUAAGUGAGAAGUCUGAAGACACGGAAGACAUUGAGAUGGGUGAAUAG